AUGUCAAUCGAAAUUGUCCCCAACCAACUUCGACACUUGAGGGCUUGCCUGCUCUGUUCUCUUGUUAAGACUCUUGAGCAGUUUGAGAUGGAUGGAUGUGAAAAUUGUGAGAAGUAUCUGCAUAUGAAAAACAACAGGGAUCAUGUGUACGACUACACUAGUUCCAGUUUUGACGGGUUGAUAGCAAUGAUGAGUCCUGGAGACAGCUGGGUGGCUAAAUGGCAACGGAUUGAUAAGUAUGUAAAAGGUGUGUACGCUGUAUCAGUGUCAGGAAAGCUACCAAACAAUGUGAUCAGUGAUUUGAAAAGCAAAGGGGUGCACUGCAGGUCAAGAGACACCAGCACCAGUUUUGUCAAAUAA